AUGAAUCAAGCUCAAAUAAUUCAAUAAGUUUAACAAGUAUUUAAUAAGCUAUCCUAAAAUCAUUAAUAACCUAUAAGCAAAGAAAGUAUUGUUAGAUUUUUGGAUUAACAAUCAAAUAAAAUGUAUGACAGAGUUUUAUUUGAAUAACUUUAUACAAGAAUGCAUAAGAUUGACAACGGAUAAAUUACUAUUAACGAUUUCAUUUCAAUUUUAAUGGAAGCACUGUAAUCAUUAAAAAAUAAAAUAUCCAUUUUAGAAUAGCAAGUUGCAUAAAAAUAAUUAAAAUUAGAUGAAGAUCAAUUACAUUUAUAACAAUUAUAAACUAUGGAAGAAUAUAAUUCUCAUAAAAUAUGUAAAGGAAGUAAAAUUAGAAUUACUAUUUUUGAUGCAUAAAUUUCAUUCCCUGGAAAUACUAGAGUGGCAAUCAUUUUAGGUUGUGAAGAUACCAAAUAUUCGACCAAACCAGCAAAUAGAUAAAAACCUGUAUGGAAUGAAAAAUUUGAAUUUAAUAUUAUUACUGGAGAAGAGGAUAUCUAUAUUGUUAUAUUAGAUGAAGAAUUAAUAGAAAAAUAAGAAAUUGGUGGAUAAGCAAAAUUAAAUUUAUAAGAGUUUUAUGAUUAAAAACCUCAUGAUAUUUAAUUAUAAUUAAAGGAUAAGUAUGGAGUUGUUCUCUAUUCCACUAUCAAUUUAAGAGUUCAAUGGAUUCAUUCAUAAGUACCAUAAUAUCUUAUUUUAGACUAAAUAUUUCAAAGAAUCUAUUAAAGAAAAUCAAUAGGUUAUUGAUGAUCUAUCUUAAGAUAUCAAUGAAUAUAAAAGUGAUAUCCUGUAACUCUUUUAUCCUUUUGAUGAAAAACAUCAAAACGAACCAAAUGAUAAAUUUAUUGUAACUGAAUAAUCAACUGUACAAUAAAUGCAUGAUUUUCAUUUUUAUGAUACUUCAUAAGCAUAACUUUGGGUUAAAUUAGCAUUAGCUUUUACAUUACUUUAUUUCAUUAUAGUCUUAAUUGCUAAUCUAUUUAAAACCCAAUUUAUAGAUGUAAAAUACUACUUUAAUAAUAGUUAAUAGUAUUAUUUUAUAGCUUAUUUUAUUAUAUGAAUAAUAAUAAGUUACAAUCUUUAUUACACUUUAAAAUUAUUUCAGCUAUGAUAAUUGUGACAAUUAUUUUAGAUAUUGUUUGGUUUAUCAUUUUUACUAAUCCUUGGACAACUAACAGUGUUUUAUUUUUUAAAUUAGAACACACCUUCUAAAUGUAUGAAGUAAUCAUUUCAUACAUAUUACUUGGCAUCAAGGUAAUUUAGGUAUAAAUAUUUAGGUGAUUUUAUUAAGCAUUUAUUUAAAUCUAUAUCUCAUGUGUCCAGAUAAAAGAACCAAUAUUUAUGAUGCUCAAUAUGAAAUAAUAUUUGGGCCUAAUUUAUCAAGUAGCUCAGAUAAUGAGGAUCAAAAUUCUUAUAGCUUUAGAAAUACUAAUCAUUAUUUGCAUUAAUCAUUUUCUAAAAAUGUUUGA